AGCAAUCGAUUGCUGUAAUCUAUUGCUCACGACCCCACCUCGGCCCCUCCAAGCUUGCCUAUCGUAACAGCUUGAUUCUGCGUGCUUUUUCUUUCCCAUAGAAUCUCAGCUUGGUUCUCUCCUUGUCUCCUCCAUACAUCUUCACCACGAUUUCCCUAACAGCGCGACUCUUUUCUCGCUAUCCACGCCCAUUUCCUGCCAAAAUGUCUCUCUCCAACAAGCUGUCCAUCACUGACCUCGACCUCAAGGGCAAGAGGGUCCUGAUUCGGGUCGACUUCAACGUGCCCCUCGACGAGAACAAGAAAAUCACCAACAACCAGCGCAUCGUCGGCGCCAUCCCGACCAUCAAGCACGCCCUCGACAAUGGCGCCAAGGCCGUCGUCCUCAUGUCCCACCUCGGCCGCCCCAACGGCGCCGUCAACGCCAAGUACUCCCUCAAGCCCGUCGUCCCCGAGCUCGAGCGCCUGCUGGGCAAGUCUGUCACCUUUGCCCCUGACUGCGUCGGCCCCGAGGUCGAGUCCAUUGUCAACGGCGCCGACAACGGCGCCGUCAUCCUGCUGGAGAACCUCCGCUUCCACAUUGAGGAGGAGGGCAGCGCCAAGGACAAGGACGGCAACAAGACCAAGGCCGACAAGGCCAAGGUGGAGGAGUUCCGCAAGGGCCUGACUGCCCUGGGCGACGUCUACGUCAACGAUGCUUUCGGCACUGCCCACCGUGCUCACUCUUCCAUGGUCGGCGUUGACCUGCCCCAGAAGGCCGCUGGUUUCCUCAUGAAGAAGGAGCUCGACUACUUCGCCAAGGCCCUCGAGUCUCCUCAGCGCCCCUUCCUCGCCAUCCUCGGCGGCGCCAAGGUCUCUGACAAGAUCCAGCUCAUCGACAACCUGCUCGACAAGGUCGACACCCUCAUUGUCUGCGGCGGCAUGGCCUUUACCUUCAAGAAGGUCCUCAACAACAUCCCCAUCGGCACUUCCCUCUUCGACGAGGCUGGCGCCAAGACCGUGCCCCAGCUGGUCGAGAAGGCCAAGGCCAAGAACGUCAAGCUGGUCCUGCCCGUCGACUACAUCACCGCCGACAAGUUCGACAAGGACGCCAACACCGGCACCGCCACCGAUGAGUCCGGCAUUCCCGACGGCUGGAUGGGCCUCGACUGCGGCGCCAAGUCGAUUGAGCUGUACAAGGAGGCCAUUGCCGAGGCCAAGACCAUCCUGUGGAACGGCCCAGCCGGCGUUUUUGAGUUUGAGAAGUUCGCCAACGGCACCAAGGCCACCCUCGAUGCCGUCGUCGAGGGCUGCAAGAACGGCAAGAUUGUCAUCAUUGGCGGUGGUGACACUGCCACUGUUGCUGCCAAGUACGGUGUCGAGGACCAGCUGAGCCACGUCUCCACCGGUGGUGGUGCCAGCUUGGAGCUGUUGGAGGGCAAGGAGCUGCCCGGUGUUGUUGCUCUGUCUAGUAAGUAAAUUAACACUAUCACGACUCAAUAUCAGAGAGCGAAAAUGAUGACGGGAGGCAUGGCG